UCCUAAUCUGGCGACUAGGCGACAAACCCUGACAGAAUGUAAACAUGGUUACAAAUAGAUGAGAUUAACGCCAACAUGGUCUUCGAAAGCUUGGUGGUAGAUGUCCUCAAUCGAUUUUUAGGGGACUACGUUGUCAACCUUGACAGCUCACAGCUAAAGCUUGGCAUAUGGGGAGGUGAUGCUGUUCUUAGAAAUCUUGAAAUAAAGGAAAAUGCCUUGAGUCAACUUGACAUUCCUUUUAAAGUGAGAGCCGGUCAUAUAGGACGGCUUGAGCUGAAGAUCCCAUGGAAGAACCUGUACACACAGUCUGUAGAGGCUACACUGGAUGGGGUGUAUCUGCUUAUAGUCCCCACAGCGAGUAUAAAGUAUGAUGCAGAAAAGGAGGAGAAGCAGCUACAGGAAGCUCGUCAGAGGGAGCUACAGCGGAUAGAGGAGACAAAGCUGAAGGCUGCUGAACAAGAGAAUCCAGAUAUUGAAAAACAGGACACGUUUGUAGAGAAGCUUGUAACUCAGGUCAUCAAAAACCUGCAAGUUAAGAUCUCUAACAUCCACGUACGCUAUGAAGAUGAUGUCACCAAUCCAAACUGUCCUUUGUCAUUUGGAGUGUCACUUAAAAACCUCAGCCUUCAGACAUGUGAUGAGAAAUGGAAUCCAAGACUGUUGGAUGAGAAUUCCCGACUUUUCUUCAAGUUGGUUCAACUAGACAACUUGUUUGCCUACUGGAAUGUCAACUCUUUACUCUUCUCCAAUCACAAUGCAGAGGAAGCCUUGCAAUGUCUGCAGAGCAGCAUCGAUGCAAACAACUCUCUUUCCAUCAGCCAUGACUUCAUUUUUCGUCCCAUCUCAGCGGCCGCUAAACUGCGGAUGAAUCCCAGGUCGGAUGUGGACUUUUCCUCUCCCAAAGUGGACCUGAUGGUCAAUCUCAGUGAGGUGGCCAUUGAACUCAACAGACCCCAGUACAUUAGCAUCCUGGAGCUGCUGGGAUCAGUGGAUUUGAUGUCCCGCAAUCUGCCGUACAGGAAGUACAGACCUGAGGUCCAGGUUCACAAAAAUGCCUGCAUAUGGUGGAAGUACAUGAUCACAAGCGUCCUAGAGGUGGAUGUAAAGCCUCGUCUCCACAUGUGGUCCUGGCAGCACAUUCGCAGUCACCGGCAGACGAUCAAGUAUUACAGAGAGCUGUACAAGACCAAAAUCACCUGCAAAAAACCCAGCGAGGACCUGCUCAAGGCACUACAGAGGCCUGAGAAGACCUUGGAUAUUUUUAACAUCACGUUGGCCAGACAGCAGGCUGAGGUGGAGGCAAGCAAAGCAGGUCUACGGAUUUACCGUCCAGGGCUAAAGAUGGAGGAGGAGGAGUCUCAGGGUUGGUUGAACUGGAUGUGGAAUUGGGGAGGAGAGGCCGAAACAGAAACAAAAGAGCUCAAGACUGGAGGUUUUGAUGAGCUGUUAACUUCUGCUGAGAAAGCCAAACUCUACACUGCCAUUGGAUACAGUGAUACCGUUGCAAAUCCCAACCUGCCAAAGAAUUUUGAGGACAUGAAGGUCAAUUUCCACAUGGAGAGGCUGUCUGUGUCCAUCAAAGACAACCAGGACAAAGAUGAGAUCAUCAGGCUGACUGUGGGGGAGCUCAAGUCCACACUCACUCAGAGACCUGGAGCACAAGCCAUCAAAAUCACAGCCCAGCUUAGUUUGUUCGAAGUCACCGGCCUGGCCAGUAACCGGCCCGCACCAACACUCCUGUCCUCAAGGAAGGCUGCCACAGGAGCGGGGACCCCGCUGCUCUGCAUCCUGUUUGAGACCAACCCGCUGGAUAACAGCGCUAACCAACGGCUUCAUGUGGAAUCACAACCCUUGGAGAUCAUCUAUGACGCUAUAACAGUGAACGGCAUGUCAGCGUUCUUCAUGCCCCCUGAUGACCUGCAGCUGGAUGAGCUCACCAACGCAACCCUCAUGAAACUGGAGCAGUUUAGAGACCGCACUGCCACCGGUCUGAUGUAUGUGAUCGAAACACAGAAGGUUUUGGACUUGAAGGUGAACCUGAUGGCCUCCUAUGUCAUCAUUCCACAGACCGGCUUUUACAACGGCACUCAGAACCUCCUACUGUUGGAUCUUGGACAUUUCCAGAUGUCCAGUCAAAGCAAGAAGAAUCUGCCACAGCUGUCAGUUUGCACCAGCAACAUCAAGGACAUCAUUUCCAGAGCAUACGACAGCUUUGACAUACAGCUUACUAACCUGCAGUUCCUUUAUAGCAAACCAGAUGGGGACUGGAAAAUGGCUCGCAAGCAGAAACAGUCACCACUGCACAUUCUAGAGCCGGUGGAUCUAACAGUGGUAUUCAGCAGGGCGAUGGUCGUCAAAGACUCCCGCAUGGCAAAGUACAAGUUGUACGGCGAGCUCCGCCUGCUGUCGCUUCGUAUAUCUGAUGUUAAACUUCGAAAUGUUCUGGAGCUGGUUGACAGUAUCCCGCUCCCUGAGAGCAAACCUGCAGCAAACAGCUCUGCAAAGCCAAAGCAGUCUUUCACCCCACAACUCACUCCCAGAAGACCUCUGAACUUAGCCGACCAGCGCUCCUCUCUCAUGUUCGAGUCAUGUGAAACCAUCAGCAUCACCUCGUUGGGUUCAGAGGAAGAUUUGUUUUACGAUGCUCCCAGCUCUCCUGUCGGGGAUCGACCAUUCUUCCCAGAUAAUCCGAUGCCGCUGCGCUACGCACACUCAAACAGAAGUAAAAGUUCAGAAGCUCAGAAGAACAUGACUGACCUCUCCUUGAAAUUUGAAAUCAAUCAGUUUUCUGUUCAGUUGUGUCGACUUUCUGGAGAUCAGGAGGUCACGGUGCUUCACUUGGACAUAGAGGUUCUGGGCACUGAACUGACACUACGCACCUUUGACAUGACCUCUAACACCUACCUACGGGAAAUCUGCCUCAAGUGCCCUGAAUACAUGGAUUCUGAAGAGAGGCAGGUUCAGCUCAUCACCACUCUGGAUAACUCAGAGGUGGACCUGCUCACCCUGGAUUACAUUAAAGCUGAUAGGAAUGGCCCUGAGUUCAAGUCCCAACACAACAACACAGAGCAGCUCAUCAAGGUGACCUUCUCCUCCCUGGAUGUUCAUCUACAUACAGAGGCUCUCCUCAACACCAUGAACUUCCUCAACAACCUCCUCCCUCCAUCCACGAAAAAAGAGGGAGUGCAGGAGGAUCUCCCCACCAUUCCUGAGGAAGAAGAGGCAGAGAAGGAAGAAGAGAAGAAGGAAGAAACUACUGUUAUGAAGAAAAAAAGUACAAAGCCUUCCAAGUUUGCAGAUGUGGUGAACUUGCAUAUCAGAGCUGAUCUCCGCUGUCUGAAGGUUUUCAUUCGGGGACAGAAAGCCAGGAUCUCUGAGAUUAGUAUUGAAGGUCUGGUUUCUGAGGUUCUGAUGAGGAAAAAGGGAAUGGAGGUUCUGGCCAACCUGAAAAACAUUGUGAUCCUAGACUGCGACAAAGAUGCACUUUACAAGAAGGCUGUGUCUAUAGCAGAUGAGGAAGUGUUUGCGUUCCGUAUGGUAAACUAUACGGACGCAACAGAAGGAGACGCCUAUCUGGACAUGUCUAAUGUUGACACUGCCGUCACGCUGACUGUGGGAUGCAUCCAGGUCAUCUUCCUCAACAAGUUUGUGUCCUCCAUUCUGGCAUUCAUUAAUAACUUCCAGGAGGCUAAAGAGGCUCUGGCUGAGGUGACAGUCCAGGCCAGAGAAAAAGCAGCGUCAGGUGUGAAGGAGCUAGCCGAGCGCAGCACUCGUAUCGCUCUGAACGUCCACUUCAACGCACCGGUCAUCUUCCUGCCUCAGUCCUCCUCUUCCUCCAAUGUCAUUGUAGCUGACCUUGGACUGCUGUCUGUCAAGAACCGCUUUGCCAAGCAGCCCUCUAAAAGUGAUGCCAAGAUCCCACCUGUUGUGGAUAUAAUGACCGUGAGGCUGACUGACCUCAAGAUGUACAGGACGACAUAUAUAGAUGGGGGUUUCCAGGGAGAGACCCAGCUGUUAAUGCCAGUCAGCUUGGACUUAGAAGUGCAAAGAAAUCUUUCAUCCAACUGGUACCACGGCAUACCUGACAUAGAGAUCACCGCUCAUCUAAAACCCAUCGGUCUGAUCCUCAGCCAGGAUGACAUGACGGUGGUCCUGAGGACUCUGAGUGAGAACCUGUCAGAGAAGUCUGAUGCUGUUCCACCUCCAGCUCUUCCACCCACCCCUGAUCAAUCCUCCGACACUGUAUCUAACAAAGAGUCCAUGGGCUCUGGAACCACCGGACCAGCAAGCAGCAACACAGUUGUGACGGCUGCUGUUGUCGAGCCCAGCAAAAGCAGCAAACUGAAGAGCACGCUCAAACUAGACUUCAAGUUCGACUCAAUGACCCUUGUCUUGUAUAGCCCUAAUGGGAAUACGAUGCUUACGCUAGAUUCACAUGAUGAUCAGCUGAAGUUGGCAGAGUUUACUCUGGGCACCAUCUCCACCUCCGUCCACAUGUACUCCGACAGCUCCAUGAAGGCCUUAGUACGACUGGCUGCGUGCCUUCUAGAUGACAAGAGACCCAGAAUCAAGAUGGUCACCCCGAGGAUGAUUGCAAUGCGUCCUGGUUCAGAACAGAACAUGAUGGUGGAGGUGAACUACCGUCAGGGCCGUGACGGCACCACUCUGGACACGGUGGUGCAGGACGUGUACCUGUGUGCCAGCAUGGAGUUCCUUCUCACGGUGGCAGACAUCUUUCUCAAGGCCACCCAGCAAGGGUUCGCUCAAGCGCCACAACCCAAGACCAGUUCUGGAGUCGGAGAGAGAAAGAAUAUAAACUCCUCUACCACAUCUAAAGAGUCCACUGUCGCUCCAGCUGUGGUUUCAAAGACCGAGAUGAAUGUUGUGGUGCGCAACCCGGAGAUUGUGUUUGUGGCUGACCUGACACGCGCUGACGCUCCAGCCCUGGUGAUGACCACGCAGUGUGAACUAGUGAUGAAAAGUGGUGCAGAGGGAUCACAGAUGACAGCUGUUAUAAGGGAACUCAAGGUAGUGGCGUGUCCAUUCUUGAGAGAGAAGAGGAAACACAACGUGACGACGGUGCUGCAGCCGUGUCAGGUGUUCUUCAAGAGUUCUCAAUCCCUCAACUCCGCUCAGGCUAUGGAGGUCUCCAUCAGUGCUUUAACAUUAAAGGUAUCUCCAAUCAUCAUCAACACAGUGAUGACCAUCCAGUCUGCGCUGACUCCCACAGCGGAGACCCCCGAGGAGCUGGUCAGCCCUGUCCCUGUGAACCUGUGGGAGAAACGGGGCUGGAAGGAGCUAAAAUUUUGGUUCCUAGAAGAAGAAGGGGAUGAAUACCCAAAGUCACUGACGCCACUGAUACCAACGGGAGAGUCAUUACAGGUGGCCAUCAAAUCGAUCUGUAUGACUCUGGAGGCUGGAGUGGGACACCGCACUAUCCCCAUGCUUCUGAUCAAGUCCUCCUUCCAUGGAGACGUGACAAACUGGUCCACACUUAUCAACUUACACAGCGCGCUCAACCUGGAGGUUCACUAUUACAACGAGGUGCUGGGAGUGUGGGAACCGCUGCUGGAGCCCUUAGAAGACGAGAAAGACAGUUUUAAAGCAUGGACACUUGAACUGAAGAUGAAGAAGAAGCCAGUGAACUACACAGGUUCAGACGAGGUGGAUUUUAAUGUCCCAGACUAUAAGACAGUCAUUGUUGUCAGCAGUAAAGACCAGCUCAACAUCACCCUCUCCAAAUGUGGGCUGGCCAUGUUGAGUAACUUGGGCACGGCAUUUGCAGAGGCUGCCAAACAGACGGCUGACUCCUUCCAGAAGGAUGAAGCUCCCUUCAUAGUGAAGAACCGCCUCGGCCUGCCAGUGUCCGUCCGCCACAGUGAGAUGUUUUGUCCCAUCGGCCAGCAGAGCACCAACCGCACGGUGGAGCUGCAGGAUGGGCAAACGCUCGGGAUGGACUAUUUCACCACAACAGACACAGACCAGUUCUCAGCUAUGAUUUCCUUGAGUGGAAAAGAGUAUUAUAUAGAGCCCACUCCUAUGGGUCACACCUCAGCCAGCGUGAUCCCCCUGAUCAAGGUGGGCCAGGGGAUGUACAGCGUGAUGCACAAAGACUCAGGAGUCACUCGUUUCCUGGUCUGUCAGAUUUACACUGUGGAGGGCAGCAAGUACGUCAAGAUCCGCUCUCCAUUCCAGAUCAUCAAUCAUUUCUCAAUCCCAUUCAAAGUUUUUGAGGGAACAACAUGUCUGGGUCAAGCUCUCCCUACUGAAGAGUUCUGUGUGCCUUUGGACUCAUAUAGGUCUGAGCUGAGUCUUCAGCCGAUAACAGAGGACGACACCAACGAUCAGGAGGAGCAGUAUGAGUGCUCAGAGGGUUUCAGCUACGAAGACGUCAACAACCAUGAGCCUGACACGCGCCUGCAGCAGACCUGCCGUCAACGUGGAGAUCAGGGCGGUGUUCUGAUGGUCAACAUGGUGCCAUCGAGAGAUGCUGUGACAUUCAAACACACUGGACUUGUUGGGGAGAACUUCGAUGUUCCCUUUGUGCUUCAUCUGUGGCCUUCCAUCCUGCUGCGCAACCUGCUGCCUUACCCCAUCUCUUACCAACUGAAGGACAGUGGUGUCUCUGCCCCUGAGGCCACUCUGAACCAGGGCCACUCUGCCCAGCUUCACACUGCGGUCAUCAACCAAUCAAGUCUCAAUCUGUGCCUACUGAACUACUUGGAUCAGGACUGGUCUUCUGAGUACAGUCUCAACAGUGACCAGGAAGAGAUUACCUUCAUAGUGUUCCAGUCUCUACGAGAGUAUGGCGAAGAGGAUGGUGAAGAUACGGAGAGGAAGAGACCUGAGUUGGACAUAGCAGUGCAUGUUGAAUAUAACCAGGGACAAACGGUGGUGGCUAUCCACUCUCCGUAUUGGAUGAUGAACAAGACAGGCAGGUUGCUGCAGUACAAGGCCGACGACAUCCACCGGAAACACCCACUGGACUACGACAUGCCUCUGCUCUUCUCGUUCAAGCCUCGGUACUUCCUGAAAAACAAUAAGGUCCGUCUCAUGAUAUCAGACAGUGAACUCUCUGAUGACUUCUCCCUGGAUACCGUUGGUAGCUAUGGAGAUGUGAAAUGUAAAGGCCGAUACAAAGACUACUUGGUUGGUGUGAAGAUUGACGCGAGCAGUUUCAGUCUGACCCGCAUCGUGACCUUCGUGCCAUUUUACAUGCUGGUCAACAGAACCAAGCACAGCGUCUUCAUAUGUGAAGAGCGGCAGGACAACUGGACCGAAGCUAAGCCCUUACAGUCAGCCAUUCCCUUUUGGCCUGAGAACGACGCCAAGCGGCUGAAGAUCAAAGUGGAAGGUUGCUUGUUGCCUCCUCGAACUAUUGACUUCACACGACAAGAAAACUGCCUGUUGCUGCAUCUGGACAACUCUGUGGGUGGGAUCACUGUAGAUGUGAACUUGUCUGAGCACUCGGCCACAAUCCGCUUCUCUGAGUAUCACGAUGGCGCAGCCCCUUUCCUCAUCAUCAACAACACAAAAGACCAGACACUGCAGUUUCAUCAGAGCGCUCGGAAACAAUCGUGGGUGGCUGAUGAGCUACUCGACCUCUCCUUCUCAGUGGAGGAGGACAGCUCUCAGGCGGAGGCAGAGCACGAGGUGCUGGAUGCUGGGAAAGCUGUGCACUACACCUGGACUGAACCCACUGGGUCCCGAGAGCUUUGCUGGAAGUGCGGUACUUACAGUGGGAAGCUGAAGAGUGAGGAGGACCUACGGGAGGACAUGAACAAUAAGGGGAAACUAUUUGUGAUCUCUUUCUAUGAAGGUCUUCAGCGAGUUGUGCUCUUCACCGAGGAGGAACACAUCUACAAGCUGCUCUGUGAGAACGAAAAGGCACAGCUGGCCGAACAGGAAAUCAACCUGUCGCUACAGAACGUGGGCGUGUCUCUGGUCAACAAUAACAGCGGCCAGGAGGUCUCCUUCAUUGGGAUCACAAGCUCUGAUGUUGUGUGGGAGUUGAAGCCUAAGAAGAAAAGUCGGUGGAAGACUAUGAGCACUAAAGAAGCUGAGAUGCUGGAGAUCAGUUAUAAAGAGUACAUGGAUUCUGGACCCGUAGACCACGCCAUCGUUGACCUGGAAAACAACUUCCAGGUGUCCUUUACUCCUAAUGGCAUGGAUAUGCGGAUGAUGCAGCCGUGUGAUGCUCCUCUCAGGAGGAGCUUCCUGCCUGGAGUGAAGGUGGAGUACAGCAUCUCUCCACGACAGAGAGCCUACCGUGUCCAGAUCCACCGCAUUCAGAUCCAGAACCAGCUGCCCGGAGCUAUCUUCCCGUACGUGUUCUACCCUGUGAAACUGCCUAAAUCUAUCACCAUGGAUGCAGAACCCAAACCUCUAACUGACAUCAGCAUUGUUACCAGAGCAGCAGGGCACUCUGACAUCUCACGCAUCAAGUACUUUAAGGUGUUGAUUCAAGAAAUGGACCUAAAGCUCGAUCUGGGCUUCCUGUAUGCCAUCCUGGACCUGUUCACACCUGAGAAUGCCAGCAUCAUGAGCUCACAACAGGAGGUGGAACUGUUUGAGAAGGACAUAGAGUACAUAAAGACAGAACUGAACCACGUCUCUGCUGCUGACACCUCUCCUAUCAGCCUCUACGAGUACUUCCACAUCUCCCCCAUCAAGCUGCACCUGAGUUUCUCUCUAAGUACGGGAGGGGAAGACGGCAUGAAGGAGAAGAGAGACAAGGAACUCAUUCCUGUCCAGUCCCUGAACCUGCUGCUGAAGAGUAUCGGUGCCACUCUCACAGAUGUGCAGGACGUCGUCUUCAAGCUGGCCUUCUUUGAGUUGACCUUCCGGUUUUGUACCACCCAGCAGCUACAAUGGGAGGUCAUCAGGCAUUAUUCCAAGCAGGCUAUUAAACAGAUGUAUGUGCUGGUGCUGGGCCUGGAUGUACUUGGAAAUCCUUUCGGGCUGAUCAGAGGACUGUCGGAGGGAGUGGAAGCCUUCUUCUAUGAGCCGUAUCAGGGAGCCAUCCAGGGGCCCGAGGAGUUUGUUGAAGGAAUGGCUCUGGGGGUGAAGGCUCUGGUGGGAGGAGCUGUAGGGGGUAUAGCAGGUGCAGCCUCCAGGAUCACAGGAGCCAUGGCAAAGGGUGUCGCUGCCAUAACGAUGGACGAGGAGUACCAGCAGAAAAGAAGAGAAACUAUGAACAAACAACCCAGUGGCCUGAGAGAGGGGCUGACCAGAGGGGGGAAGGGAUUAGUGUCUGGUUUUGUCAGUGGCAUCACAGGCAUCGUCACCAAACCUAUCAAAGGAGCACAGAAGGAGGGUGCAGCAGGCUUUUUUAAAGGUGUUGGGAAAGGUCUGGUUGGUGCUGUAGCGAGACCUACAGGAGGCAUUAUUGACAUGGCCAGCAGUACUUUCCAAGGGAUCAAGAGAGCAGCAGAGACAUCACAAGACAUUGCCUCUUUGCGACCGCCACGUUUCAUUCACGAGGAUGGAGUCAUACGCCCAUAUAAGGAGAGGGAGGGCAUCGGCAGCCAGAUGCUGCAGAAAAUUGAGAAUGGACGUUUUGCCAAGUACAGAUACUUUGCUCAUGCCAAGGUCAAUGAUUCAGACUUCUUCAUGAUCACCAAGAGGGGAAUAUUUUUUGUGACCAAAGGUACGUUUGGCCAGCUGACCUGUGAGUGGCAGUAUCUGUUUGAAGAGUUCACCAAGGAUCCGAUGAUCGUCGAGGACCGCCGACUUCGCAUCGAGGCCAAGGAGAGAGUAAAGUCCGUCUUUCAUGCCAAGGAGUUUGGGAAGAUCAUAAACUUCAAAACUCCUGAGAUCGCUACAUGGGUUCUGGCCCGAUUGGACGAUGCAAGAGAGAGCUUGCAAAAAUACUGACCAACGAAGAAGAGCGAGAAACGAUAAAGAAAGAACACCACACAAAGUCUGUGUGUGUCAGUGCCUUUGUUCUUCACCGCAUGCUCAUGUUGUUUACCUCCCUGUGUGAGUCCAAGUAUACCAUGCUGUAUGUUGGUGUGUGUCGGGGGUGAGGGACUGUAUGAUAGUGUGUAUGUGUGCAUGCUUACAAAAGUGCUAUAUAGACGGCUGACGUACAUUUAUUUACCACAGAAGCUCUGAUCUCACUGAACCAAACUCAAUACACUGUCUUCGCUCUGACUUUUUGGGGGGGAUUUUUAUUUUAUUAAAACUGACGCACAUUUAAAAAUACAGCUUAUCUGCUUGGGUCUGAAUUAAUUAAUAUUAAGCAUAUUAAAGUUGUGUUAUACAUGCUAGAAAAACAGCCUAAAUGACAUUGAAGCCAAAUCAACCACAGUUGUAGCACAUUUAAUGUUGUAUUUGUUGUUUUUUUUUACUGGAUUAUAUAAAAGGGAAACUAAUUUAAAUUUGAGAAACACAUAUACUUCAAGUUGUGGUCAAACUACUGCUUUCUUUUACUCUUACACUCUCCAUUUUCCUCGUUUUUUAAUACAAGAUGAAGACUUUUCGGUGUGUGAUUGAGAGCCGCAUGCUAUUUUUAUAUCCUUAUGUAUCGAUCUGCUGUAUAUUAAUCUCAUAUGGUAUCUGUAUAUAUUCAUCCUCGCACACUAGUCUGUAUCACGGCGUAACAGAUUGUAAUUUUGUGAUUUUUAUGUUUUUAUACCACACAUAUGCAAUGCCAACUAUGUUGAUGAUGAAUUAUGCAGAGGAAAGUAUAUUUAAAAGAAAUGAAUGCUAAUUAUUAACAGCUGCUGUUUACUUGGAUGUAUAUUUUAAAGGAUUGAUUUGGGUUUGGGGUGCAUUGCAAUUUACUGUAAUACAACUAGAUAUUAACAGACUUAAUAUUUCUUUUGCCAUUAAUGUGUGUUGUUUUGAGCAUCAAGUGUUCACUACAGUGGUUUCAUUUUUCCCCCAAUGUUCUCAAAAAAUAAAAUCUGUUUCAAAUGUA